AUGAAACUAGCCACCCACAUGAAAAUCUGCGACACGCUUGACGCCGACUACAUCUGCUACAUCAAGAACAAGAACCUCCAAGCCGGGAAACGUGACUUGUGUGAAGUCGAAGAGGAACCGUAUAACUACGAAACCGUCGAAGGACCAACCGAUUACGAUUACUGCGACGAUGUGCAGAAAGCGAAUGCAUUGUGCAUUUGUAAAUAUCCGUUUGUAUUCGACAAUGAUCACAUUUUUGACCGACCGGUUAAUGCCAGAGUUUGUCACAAAUACGUCAGACCAACUUUCUUGCACUGCUCCAACAGAUGUGGAUGCACUUCAUGCAACCACACGAAAUUAUGUUACGAGUUAGUACGGAAAUUUUUUCUGUACAUCAACUAUAAAAUUUAA